CGCUAACAUUUUCAGCAAAUGAGAGCAUCUUGAGGAUGGGGGAUGUCAGCAACGAGAGGGGAGUGGCCAACCCAAAAGGCGCCUGUCUCAGAGGAGCCCUGUGAGGAGGGGGAAACGGCCUGGACCCGGCAGAGAGGCCCGAGGAGCAGCGUGAGGAGCGGCGUGAGGAGCGAGGAGCAGUGUGAGGAGGGGAAGCAGCCUGGACCCAGCAGAGAGGCCCGAGGAGCAGCGUGAGGAGCGGCGUGAGGAGCGGCGUGAGGAGCGGGGAGGCAGUGUGAGGAGGGGAAACGGCCUGGACCCAGCAGAGAGGCCCGAGGAGCAGUGUGAGGAGCGGGGAGCAGUGUGAGGAGGGGAAGCAGCCUGGACCCAGCAGAGAGGCCCGAGGAGCAGCGUGAGGAGCGGGGAGCAGUGUGAGGAGGGGAAACGGCCUGGACCCGGCAGAGAGGCCUGAGGAGCAGCGUGAGGAGAGGAAACGGCCUGGACCCGGCAGCGAGGCCUGAGGAGCAGUGUGAGGAGCGGCGUGAGGAGCGGGGAGCAGUGUGAGGAGGGGGAAGCAGCCUGGACCCGGCAGAGAGGCCCGAGGAGCAGUGUGAGGAGCGGGGAGCAGUGUGAGGAGCGAGGAGCAGCGUGAGGAGGGGAAACGGCCUGGACCCGGCAGAGAGGCCCGAGGAGCAGCGUGAGGAGCGGCGUGAGGAGCGGGGAGCAGUGUGAGGAGCGGAAACGGCCUGGACCCGGCAGAGAGGCACGAGGAGCAGUGUGAGGAGCGGGGAGCAGUGUGAGGAGGGGGAAGCAGCCUGGACCUGGCAGAGAGGCCCAAGGAGCAGUGUGAGGAGAGGAAAGGCCUGGACCCGGCAGAGAGGCGCGGCUUUCCCACAGCCUACGUUCUGAUGUAGGGCUCCAGCCAGUCACCCAGUCAAUCAACAAUCCAGUCACUGUGAAAGUGUCAUGGGCAUUACACAGAGAACUGUGUAGGAUGGUGUGGAGUGACCGGCCGGCUGCUUUCGGUUGGGUAGCUAGGGAAGAUGGCUUCAAAGUCACAUUUAAGCCUCCUCACGUUGCUGAGAAUGGGCCAGACGGAUACAGCUCAGCAGAGAAGAGCUUCCCAGGCAGAGGUGCUGUUUCUGAAGAUCUGAAGGUAGAAGUGGAUUUGGUCUGUUUGAGCAACAGAGUGAGCCAUGAGUGGGAAGCGAAGGAGACAUUGGCGGAAGAGAAGGGACAUUGACGUUGUGGAAAGCGAGGCUGUGUCUGUACUACAGCAUUGGCUGAAAAAAACAGAAGAAGAGGCUUCUCAGGGCAUAAAAGAAAAGCUGUCCAUCAACUACCCUUCCCAGGGUGUAAGGGAGAAGAUGUCCACGGACUCCCCUCCCACCCAUGGCCAGGAUGUCCAUGUGACCAGAGAUGUGGUGAAGCACCACCUCUCUAAGUCUGAUAUGUCGGCAAACCAGAGCCAAGAGGUCCUAGAGGAGAGAACACGAAUCCAGUUCAUAAGAUGGAGCCACACUCGUAUCUUCCAAGUGCCAAGUGAGAUGACAGAGGACAUCAUGCGAGAUCGAAUAGAGCAGGUGAGACGAAGCAUCUCCCGUCUUGCAGAUGUCUCAGCUCAGGACUUCAGUAUGAGACCCUCCUACUCAGACUGCUAAGAGCAACAGGUGGAAGUCCUUCAGGGUCCAGCAGCAACUUGUAUCAGAAGAACAUCCUUCUCUGCUUGACCUGACGAAGGGCCAGACCUGGGCAGAAAGACUCCAGCAGGUGAGCUCUUCGUGCGACAGUGUCAGCACUGGAGUCUUCUUGCUGAACUGCGAAUAAAGAGACGUGCUAUUUAACAACUCACCCUGUUGCUGGUUGGGGUGCCGUGUCAUUCAUUUGUUCAUUCAUCAGACACUGAGUA